GCAAAGGUUGCCAUACGUGAGAUCGCAUUCAAUGGGUUGUCGGAUCCUUCAAACAAAAUACGUGUCACUGCGGCCUAUGUUGUUUCAAGGAUUGCUCAAAACGAUUGGCCGGAAGGUUGGCCUAAUCUUUUGGAUUUGUUGAUAUCACUUUUAAAAUCUGGUUCUCCAGAUCGAGUUCAUGGCGCGAUUAGGGUUAUGACUGAAUUCGUCAAAAGUGAGAUCACAGAACAACAAUUUGCUCAAGUUGCGCCAUUGCUAUUACCAGAACUUUCAAGAAUUUUGCAGUGCGAAAAGAUUUACUCAUACAGGACUCGUGGACGAGCAAUUGCAAUAUUUCGACAAUGUAUAGAAAUAUUGUACAUGAUCAAAGAAGAACAUUCGGAGGCUACCGAAACAUUUUUAACCACUCCCGUCAUUCCCGAGUGGUUGCAAAUAUUUGUGAAUAUUUUGAAACAACGAACUACAGAUGAUGAGGAACGCGAGUAUGGGGAGUAUGGGUUAAAACUGGAAGUUGUUAAGAUGACUGAGGAGCAGGUUGAAUUAUGGUUGUCAGAUGCAAACCAGUUCGUCGCCGAUGAUGAUGAUGAGACCUUCAACUUUAGUGUCAGAGUCGCAUCAGGAGAUCUUUUGACCGUUUUACUUGAUCAAUUUCCCGAGCAAACACUACAAUCACUUGCGGAUUCAACGCUACAUUUUAUAGAAGAAUCCAACAAUGCACGAUCUUCAGGAGAUCCAAUUUGGUGGAAAAUUCAAGAAGCGUGUCUAAAAGCUAUCGGAUUUGUCUCGAGUGAGCUCACAGCUGCACUACAAGAUUCCACUUCCAAAGUCAAUUUUGAUCUCCCGGGGUUAUUCGGUCACGUCGUUCUUGGUCACCUGACCGCGACAGUGGUUUUUAGCCAGUAUGCUUCAUUAUUACCCAAUGAGUUAAUAUCGCGUUACGUUUCUGCAACAGUAGGUGCAAUCCAACAGGACGGCACCAUACCUGUUAAAAUAUCAGCCUUACGUGCUUUACAAAAUUUCUGCCGAUAUUUGGAUGAUCAAUAUGUGGCACCGUUUCAAUCCAACAUUAUUGAAGGUGUCGCAAGACUUCUUAAUGUUACAUCAGGAGACUCUCUCAUACUGGUGCUGGAAACCAUCCAUGAAGCUAUUAAAAUAAAUAAUGAAGUAACUGCGCGCUACGAACACCUAAUAGGUCCAUUAAUUAUCGACGUUUGGACAAAAUAUCCUAUUGAUCACACCGUUGCAUCUAUAGUUGCUGAUAUUUUCGAAACAUUGGCAAGCAACCCGGACGCUUAUGCCGCGUUUCAAGCAAGAACUUUGCCGCCUUUGGCAAAUAUAUUGUUGAGUAAUUCUGAUCCUGCGGUGACAGCGUAUAUCGCCAAAGCGCUUCAACCAAACGAAAGCGAGACUGCAACUUUUCUUGGAGAUCUUGUCAUCAAACUCAUCAAAAAGGCUGGAGAUAAACUUCUUCCGGUACUUCCAGAUUUGCUGAAAGCUGUGGCGGCCAAGCUAGAGGGUGCACGAACUGCAACCUUCAUACAGUCAUUGAUUUUGAUAUUCGCGCACGUGAUUCUUAACCAACAGUCCACGGUUAUUGAAUUUUUGGCCAAUUUGGAUGUUAAUGGCCGAAGUCCCAAUCAAUAUACAUGCGUCUCGGCACACACAAAGAUCAUUAAAUUGCUUCUAUCGGAUCUUCAAAACUCACCGGAUGGCGAUAAUCAGAAACGUUCGGAAUUGGAUGAACUAUUAGAAGAAGAAGAGGCUGUCGAGACGGACGAUGAGGUUGAGGAUGAUGAGUGGGAAGAUGUCGAGGAGCCAUCUCCCUUUGCACCCUCGGAAGAUUACAUAGUCCUUUCCGAGUACGUCACCAAACGAGAUCUUGAAGUUUUGGAGGACGACGAUUUGGAUGCAUCGGAUGAUCCAAUUUAUAAUACUAAUCUUAAGGUUGGUGAAAUGGUGGAAUAUCUGAUGGAAUUUUUCCGGCAUUGUGCUACUCAAAAUAUUAACAAUUUUGCUCAGAUUUGUUCUAAUCUCAACCAAGAAGAGCAACACAGACUGCAAUACGUAAUUAGCGGUAGACAGAUAUGA